ACGCUAACGUCUCAUGUUUAGAUUUUUAAAUGAUUUUUCAGAGCCGUGUUUUGUUAACGGUGAAAAGAAAAAAACUGCAAAUCAGCACAUAUGCGCUUUAUUCGCAAAUAAGCUAAGUAGCUAGGUUGUUUUGUACCGCACUGUUCGACUUGCGUUAUUUUAACUCCUACCUGUUUUCCGACAAUCCCGGCUGCCGGCACCAGGAUUGGCAGUCGCGAAGCAGCCACGCGCAAGUGUGACCUUGCAGCCAAUCGAUAUCAGGAGGCGGGACGGGACUAACCAAUCUCAGCGCAGGAGGCGGGAUUUUUUUUUGAAUACGGGUAGGGGGGAAAAAAAACUAAUUUUACGGGCUGUACCUAACUGGUUAGCGUCACCGAUUUAAGGUUAAAUAUAUAAAUAUAUAGAUAUAUAUUAAAUAAUGUAGACAUUUUCUAAAUGUACUAAAUGCUGCUUAGUGUAACGCUAUUAAUAUGUUAUAACAAAUAAUUGCACUUUCUGUACACCCCCUCUCCAAGCUUAGGUUAAACAUACCGCUUUGUUGCCAUAGAUACAGCGUGAACGUUAGCGUUAGAUUAGCAUCUGAUAAUAAACAACUAUUAUGCGAUUUGAUUUGUUUAUAGUUAGCUUUUCUUUCAUCUUCAUACUCAGAAAACAUACCGUAUAUAAGCAAGACCCUUUUCACGUCUGUGCGUGUUUUUCUGUAGUAUUAAUCUGCACCGCACACAGAGCAUGAAAACACUAAGUGUUCCAGAUGUGCAUGGUGUUUCUGUGAAGGCUUUCAGUCAUCAGGGUCAUAGUUAAAGCAAAACUGGAGUUUCAGAGCUGUUCGCACCGCUUUUGAAAAUAUUCUCGUUUUUAAUGUUAUAGUUCAUCACUUCCGGUUAAACUGGUGAGUUUUUUGAGGACUCAUCCUGUACUAGUGUUGUGUUCGUCCAAUGAAAUGCUCUCUAGUAGGUAUAUGUCCCGCCCAACGGCAGCUCAUUGGCAAUAAACGUGGUUAGUGGAUGGGUUUUUUUUGGUGGAGAAUAGACAUUAGUUUGAGGGCGGAGAUUGUGCAAGUCGGCGGUCAUGUGACUUUUCAUGAUUCUGGCGUUUUAAUCACAGCUUCAGAAUGUCUCACGUCUGCAUUGUCGUGCUGUUCCUCCCGAUCCUAACUUGUUUAUGACUCAGUUGGAGAUUAACAGUGUUUUCGGCUCCACGAUCCUCUGGUGUGUGUGUUCUCGUGUUUCUCUCAGUGAGCGGCGCUCGGUGAUCGUAGUUACUAAAGAAGAUGCCGGUGGGAAUCUCAGCACUCUGGCGUUCAUCAUGGGCCCCGACGUGCCGCUGCUCAACGACUACAAGCAGGAGUUUUUCUGGAAGCGUUUCCCUCAGACGGUGCUGGGGGGUCCGAGACUCAAACUGGGCUACUGUGCCCCGCCAUACGUCUACAUCCACCAGGUGGCGCUGUUCUUCAUGCCGUGGCUCCUUGGCGGCGUGGGGACUCUGUUCUUCCAGCUCAGGGUGAUGGAUGACGCUGGCGCCGGGAUCGUAUCCGGGGCGCUCAUGCUGGCAUUCGGCGCCGCGCUGCAGACCCUCUCCCAGUGGGUGGCGCGGAGAACCGGCGCCGUCCAGAGGCUAACGGUGGGACACAACGUCAUGGCCGACGAGGAGGAAGUGGAGUUCACACAGUGCGCGGGACCCGAGACGGUGCGCUUCCUGGCCCCGGGUAAGCGCUUCCUGGCUAACGUGGUUCUCCACACGGCGCUGGCCGGGGCCAUGUGCGGAUUCGGGACGUGGUACCUCCUGCCCGAUCGCCUGAGCGCCAUUUUCGGGAACUACGUCGCCGUGGUCCCGGUGUUCGCGCUCAGCUGGGUCACGCUGUGCAUCGCCGAAUACUCGCUGAUCGUCAACACGGCGCCGGAAACGGCCACCUUUCAGCCGCAGGACACGUACGAGAUCACGGCGCUCACCAGGCCGCUGUACAUCUUCGGCUUCGUCGCCGUGGAUCUGGCGCUCAGGUGUGUAGGCGGGGGCGUGGCCGAGCUGCAGGUGGCCAGUCAGGUGAUGCACGUGCUGUUCUUGGUGCUGCCGGUGCUGUGGGCGCUGGGAAUGCUGCCUCCUCUCGACGCUCUCGUCUUAUGGAUCAUGGAGCAGAGCCUCAUACACACCCUGGGAGGAUCAGCUAUGGCCACCAACCGCAGGUUGGUGCUGAUGUUCCUGUGCUCCGUGUGCGUUUCCAUCUCCACCUUCUUCAUCCCCUCAUCUCUGGGCGUGGUCCUCUUCACCGUGGCGACGGGCUUCCUUCUCAGUCAGGACCUGACGCAGAUCGCCACGCUGUUACGGUGCAGGAAUCGCGACACACACCCUCACACGCGCACAAGCCUGGGCUGGUGGAGUGUCCCGCUCUCCGCCCUCGUCCUCACGGCGGCCACGACCGAAGCAGCUCUGCUGCACCGCCUCCGUCCCGCCGGGGGGAGCAACGUGACUGGGGGGGACGUCCAGGGGUCACGUGACACCGUGCCGGACCCUCAGGCUCUGAUCGGCUGGGUCCUCAUAGCUCUCGGUAUCAUUACACGCGUGUUACGAGAGGUUCAGGGUGCGUGUAUGUUCGGGGGACUCGUCCUCAAUCCCCUCUACCCCAAACGCCUUAGCAGCGUCCAGGCCUUCUUGAGCAGCAGCAAAGCAUUGUGGGUCGCCGCACUGGUCCGCAGAGUGCUUAUUAACCUGGUCUGUCCGUUAGCCAUGGUUGGGUUUUUGGCCACCGAUGCUUCCCUGCACGAGUCCCACACAGUGGCGUCGGCUGUCGGCUUCACGCGAGCCUUCAGAGCGGUGUGGCAGAGCAGUGAGGAGGCUCUCCUGCAGAUGGUGGUGGUGGUGACGGUGAGACUGGCUGAUGGAGGACGAGUCGCACAGCAGUGGCACGAUCUGGGCACCGGAGUGCAGCUCAUAGUGGUGUCUCUGGUGUCUGAUCGUCUCUCUCAGUUCCUGUUGAAGCUGAAGUUUGCUCUAACCGUGUUAAUCACGUCGUGGACGGAGACGAAGCAGCGGCGUCAGUCGGCCGGCGCGCUGUUGGCGCUCAACGUGGCACUGUGCCCUCUGUUGGUUGCCGUGGUGAUGCUGUCGGCGCUGCUCUCCGCUCCUCUCCUGCCGCUCUUCACGCUGCCCGUCUUCCUGGUCGGCUUCCCCAGGCCCCUGCGCUCGUGGCCAGGGACACCGGGCACCACCUGCCCCUGCCCCGACUCCAUCUACUACCAGCAGCUCAGCACCAGGCUAGCCUCGGCACUAAUGCACGCGUUCGCUAACGGAACGCUGGGUGCUUAUUCUCCCGGUUCUCAUUUCCUGGGCCGGUUCCAGGAUCGAGUGGUGUGGAUCAGCGUUCUGGAGAAAGGCUACGGUUACUGUACGGUCAACAUCAAGGGUUUGGAGCUGCAGGAGACGUCGUGCCACACGGUGGAAGCCCGGCGAGUCGACGAGGUCUUCGAGGCGGCGUUCGAUCGUCUGGACCGUCCUGGACAUUUCCGGCGCUUCCUGAACCCUCACUGGGGAAAUACGCUCACGCCCUGUGCCCUCCUGCCCGUAACCGUCUACUCCGACGCCCGCAACGUCCUGACCGGCAUCAUCGACUCGCCCGAUCACCUCCGCCAGCUCCGCUCCGACUUCCUGAAGACGCUGGUGUGGAUCCUGCUGCAUCACGCUGUCCAGAACAGGACCCGCCGAGUCAAGUCGCACUCGCUGCCGAGCUCCCAGCAUGCUGUGCAGCCCGAGCCCACUUCACACGGCGCCAAGCCGGGCGUGGUCUCGCAGAGCCACUUCAACGACUCCUCCUCGUCUCCGCCGCCGAGGGGGCGGGGCAGCUUGUCGUCCUUGUCGGACUGGUCGGACGCGGACGAUCUGUUCGGGCCGGUCCCGGUUCGGAAGCCGAUCCGGAGGAUGAUGACGGCGAUGCGAGCGGAGGAAGAACACGCGUCUCUUCCGGGCUCUGUGGAAAUCCACAGCCUGUAUGAAAACAUGGCGCUCGCGUCUUUACCGACGCUGCGGCCUCUCGGACUCGGGGUCAGCCUCGACAAGGAAAAAGACGACGUCUCGCCUGUUAGCUCCGCCCCCUUCGACCACACCAACCCGCCGAACUUCUCCUCGCGACAUUCCGAAACCCUCGCCCUUCCUGCAUCCUGGUUCUCUGCCCCUUUCACCGCCUCCAAUCUCCGCCCCCUCAGGCCCUCCUUCCCAGACGAAUGGUUUGGUUUUUGCCUGGCGCAGCUGGCGAUGGAGGGAUUGUGGGAAGGAGGGGAGGACGAGCAGAGCGUGUGUCGUGCGCUGCAGGAGGAUCGUGCGCUGAUGGAGAUGUACAGCCAGGUGGCGCUGUCGUGCGCGCUGGCGUUAGGAAUGGACCUUUCAGUGCCGAGCGCCAGUUUCGUUUUUAGGGUUUACUGCGGAGACACAGCGUGGCACGAAGGACUCGACUGGCUCCGAGAAAAUACCGAGCUGCAUCAGCUCACCCUCAGGGCUUUCAGGUACAGUGUGAAGCUGCUGAUAGACCAGGCGUCUCUGGGGCCGGUGGAGAGUGAGGAGGAGCUUCACUCCACGCUGCACCAUUAUCAUCAACACUGGUUCAUCGGCAUGGCGACGGAGCGAGGCUGGCACGAUGGAGUUCUACAGGAGAAACCCUUCCUGUUCUCACUCGGCCAUGAUAUCACCAUGGGUUCGUAUACGGGCCGUGUGCUGUCGCUGCAGGAGUGUGUGUUCCAGCUCGGGGCGCUGUGUGAGGAGUGUGUGCGCGGUCAGUGGGCCAAUCUGUCCUGGGAGCUGCUCUACGCCACCAACGACGACGAGGAGCGCUACAGCAUUCAGGCUCACACACUCCUGCUGAGGAACCUGACGGUGCAGGCCGCCGAGCCACCGCUGGGUUACCCCAUCUACUCCUGCAGCCCCACACACCUCACCUGCUUCUGACACACACACACACACACACACACACACACACAGAGCAGUGUGUGUGAACAUAUCAAAAUCCAAAUCUGUGUGUGGAACAAUCAUGAUGUGAUGCACAAGGACUUCAGGACACACCUGUAACUGAUCGAAUGCACGUUUCACACCCCACACACACACACACACACACACACACACACACACACACACACACACACACACAGACAGGAGUUUAAGCUAACAGACUGAACUGAGAUUUUCAGAAGCUGGGGGAGGGUGUGUGUGUGUUUGUGAUAGUGUGUAAAUGCUGGACAUCAACACACUAAUGCACGUCUCAAAACACACACACACACACACACACACACACACACACACACACACACUGUUAUUAUUGUGGUUAUGACAUGCUGAAGGAGUGUUAAAGCUGUUUUAAUGCUAACCCCGUCUGUUUUACACUCUUUCUGCAGGACUUUUCUACAGAGACUACAAAAUAAACUGAAUCAACAA